AUGAAAGUCAGCAACAGUCCUAGAAAACAUCUUUACUACACAAGUGUUUUUGCAACUCCUGUAAAUGCAUUACUAGUGGUGGAUCCAGAAGGUAAGCUUUACUACGCCUCAUUGGGCCAAAACAUCACCAAUCUCCAAAAUCUUCUUGUUAAAGAUUUCCAACACCAGAAACACGUCCAAUUGAAACCAUUGAGUACUAUCCACGACAAAUGCAAAGCCACAGAAACAGUCGAAAGAUUCAAACAAUUGAUCGAGGAUCCGCGAAAGCCACAAGAAUUUACCAUCGAGAUUAUAUUUGGGACGCGUCUACAACGCAGAAUAUGGCAAGAGUUGAUGAAAAUACCAAUAGGUGAGGUGAAGACCUAUACUCAAAUAGCUGAUGGACUAAACUUGCUGGGGAAAUACGCACGAGUUAUUGGCGCAGGAUGUAGCUCAAAUCGUAUUGCGAUUGUCGUUCCUUGUCAUCGUGUUGUCGGCAGUGACAAGCAGUUAACAGGAUACAGGUAUGGCAAAGAUACAAAGGCAUAUUUAUUGAAGCACGAGUUGGGGGACAAGCUUUUGGAAAUAGGACUUGCAAGUGAUGGUGCAUUGUAG